CUCUUGGGGAGGAAGGGGGCGGCGGUUGUUUUUAAAGCCCGUCUCUUCCCCCGCCCCCCCAGCAGGAGGUGGGCGGGCGCAGGGCUCCCCUCUGCAGCCUGUGGGAAGGGGAGCUGGCCCCUUUGCUUUCUGCGUGGGGAUUCACCCGGCGGGCUGGGAGCACGAGCGAGCAGAUCCCGGGGCUCUGCGCGCGUGUGCGGACGCAGCUCGCCCGCCGCAGGGACACACCGACUCCUGCGUUGUUUACCGUGCGAGGGGAGGCAGGAAAUCAGAGGUGGGGGAAGCUGGGCAGAAGACCCCCUUCCCCCUCCCACACCACGAGAAAACCAAGAUCCAGGCGCAGAGUCGGAUCCGCCCGGCGGGGGUCUGGACCCGGCUGGCCGCUGAGCCCGACCCUCUCCCCACGCUGCGAGGGCGGGGAGCGCUGCGUCCGCGGGGGCGGAGGGCUUGUGUACCGCGGCUGUCCCCGCCCCCCUCCAGUUUGGGGCCGGUCCCCCUCACGCACUAACCCGCCUUGUCUCCCUGGCCUGCGGCAGCCGCCGGUGAAGGGCGCUGCACGGCGGCGCCCGGGAGAUGGAGGAGGAUACAGCUGGGGGAGGAGAGGCGGGGAGGAGGCACCAGCCGGCGGCGGCGGGCGGAGGAGGAGCAGGCGAGCCGAGGGAUGACAGGGGGAGCGGAGCGGGAGGAGGAGAGGGCAUGUGGGACCAGGUGCUGGACGGGCUCCGCAGCCGGGAUCAAAGAGGCAACGGCGGCGGCUGCAGCCCCUGCCCCAGCCCGGCCGAGAUGGCGCUGCACAAGCAGGAGCAGGCGGUGUCCGAAGCGAAGGGGGCCAAGGCGGAGGAGGAUGGUGAGGCAGCCGCGGCCAUGGGGCUGCAGGGGGCCGGGUCGGGCUUCCAGCCUCCCGAAGGCGGCUUCGGCUGGAUCGUGGUCUUCGCCGCCACCUGGUGCAACGGGUCCAUCUUCGGCAUCCAGAACUCCUUCGGGAUCCUCUACGUGAUGCUGCAAAGCGAUCUGGGCGGCGGCGAGAAGGACCCCACGCUGGAGUUCAAAACAGCGCUGGUUGGAGCCCUGGCCAUGGGGAUGAUUUUCUUCUGCUCGCCUAUUGUGAGUAUCUUCACUGACCGGAUUGGCUGCAGGACGACAGCAGCCUCGGGGGCAGCCAUCGCUUUUAUUGGACUCCUUUCCAGCUCUUUUACAAAGUCCCUUGAAGUCCGCUAUUUCACCUAUGGAAUCCUCUUCGGAUGUGGCAGUUCCUUUGCUUUCCAGCCCUCCCUGGUCAUCCUCGGCCACUACUUCAAACGCCGUCUAGGCUUGGUGAACGGCAUCGUGGCCGGAGGGAGCUGCCUCUUCUCAAUGUCCCUUCCCUUCUUUUUGAAAACAAUCGGGAGCACCAUCGGGCUAGCUCAUACUUUCCAAGUUCUCAGCGCCUUUAUGUUCAUCCAGAUUCUCUUGUCUCUGACUUUCCGGCCCAUCUUGCCACCUUCUUGUGACUCUCGCCAGGAUAGGCAAGAUAAACUGGCCAGCCGGAACAUGAAACAGCAGUGCGGGUCUCAGAUGCGGAAGUAUUUCAACAUGAGGGUUUUCCGGAUACAGACGUACCGAAUUUGGGCUUUUGGGAUUGCGACAGCCGUCCUGGGAUACUUUGUACCUUACGUGCAUCUGAUAAAGUAUGUGGAGGAGGAGUUUAAGGAAAACGAAAAGGAAUGGAUUCUCUUGGUUUGCCUUGGAGCCACAUCAGGGCUUGGGCGCUUGGUUUCUGGCCGGAUUGGUGACUGCAUUCCUGGACUGAAAAAGAUUUUCUUGCAGGUUGCCUCCUUUAUGCUUCUGGGCCUCAUGUGCAUGAUGAUCCCUCAGUGCCAAGCGUUUGAGGGGGUCAUUGUCGUCUGCCUCUUCCUCGGACUUUGUGAUGGAUUCUUUAUAACCAUCAUGGCCCCCAUAGCCUUUGAACUGGUUGGACCCAUGCAAGCUUCUCAAGCCAUUGGCUAUCUCCUGGGACUUAUGGCCAUUCCAAUGACAGCUGGCCCACCAAUAGCAGGAUACCUCCAUGAUUAUUUUGGGAAUUACUACCUAGCCUUUUACUUAGCUGGAGUUCCCCCAAUUAUUGGGGGCUUGGUCCUGUCUGUUGUUCCUCUGAUCCAUCAAAGAAUGCUCAAGAAGCAGCAGAUGGAUUCUGGCAAAGACAAGAUGUUGGUUUCAGAGACUGUCAUGAAUGUUUCAGAUCCAUCCCAUCACACAGCGGUGUCAGUGCUGCUUGGAUGAUGCCUUGGAGUGGGAUUCCAUUCCAUGCCACCUCAGUUUAAUCUGCAAUUAACAAAUUCUCAGACUGUUUUUUGAUCCCAUGUGAAGGCAAAAGAAUUCCAGUGGGGGUAAUCUUUGUAUCUUUUGUGAGAGUGCUCUGUCUCUCCCUGUCCUUCAAAGAAUCUAUCUUUGAAGCUGUCAGCAUGCUUUUAUGGACCAUCAGUUAAUCUCGGUAGUAUGGUCUGCCAGCAGACUCGAAUUCCUGCUAUUCAUGUUAAUGUAUACUUGCUGUCCCAUGUUAAUGUACACCAAGAAGGGAACAGCCGCUUACUAUCUAAUCUUCUACCCAAAUUGGCUGAGGACAGUGAAGGUAAGUUAACACAUUGGCUACUUCAGAUGUGAGUUUCACUGGUCUCAACACUCCUGUCUUUCCAUCUGUUCUUGGAGUAUGCUGCAUUGCAGUGGAAGAAUGCUUCUGACCACUUGCUGUGACUCAGUGUAUUACUGGUCCCCACCAAAGGUUUAGGGCUUUGGGUAACUGCAGGAAAAAGAGAGGGGGCUGAUAAAACAGAAAGGCAGAAAAGGAAGUAAAAAAAGAAUGAUUGGCUUUGCGCAGCUACUAUGGAUGGCCAGCUCCAUCCAUUCAAGCUUACUGCUCUGAAAGCCAGGAAUCUGUACCAUUUCCCAGUGCCUCAAUCUGUCAUUCAUCUCCGAUUUCUUGACCAGUAACUAAAUUAGUAGGCUUCCAAGCCAUCCAUUGCGAGGGAAAUUAAUGGGGGCUGUCUUAGGAUGCUGUAAUCAUUAAAAUACUAAAUUUGCAAGGCAACAAAAUUACUAGCAUUGAAUCCUCCAAGAGGAACAGUUAGUCGGAGCUGAGUCCUGAUGUUUACACAAGUCAGCAUUGGCCUGAGCCAUUCCCGUUGGUUAACUCCUCUUUUAGUAUUAUUUUUUUAACUAAGUUGCAGUAUGUGAGUUAGUU